AUCAAUUUUUAGCAUUACAUUUCGCGCGCCUUCGCUGAAUUUUCUUCGACAUUUCUUUUGCAACAUCCAGUGGAAUCUUUUAUUUAUUGAAUUAAAUUUACAUUUAUUCAUCAAAGUUAAAAGCUGGUAUAAUCGUUCAUAAUGGGCUUAUUAGAUUUAUGUGAAAAAUACUUUGGCGAACGCGAUAUCUACAAGAUGCUCGAGUUGGAAAAGUCUGCAUUGCCGAAGGACAUAAAAAAGGCCUAUUAUAAGUUGUCACUACAAGUUCAUCCAGAUCGCGUUAAGGAUGAUGACAAAUCCAAUGCAACGGAAAAAUUCAAAGUGUUAUCAAAGGUCUAUCAAGUUCUAUCCGACAAUGACAGGCGCGGUUUGUAUGAUGAGCAAGGUAUUAUUGAUGAGGAAGAUGAUAUCACUGAGGGAAAACUCAGCUCUUGGCUGGACUUAUGGAGGCAGAUGUUCAAAAAACUCACUGUUGAAGAUAUUUCCAAUUAUGAAAAGUCGUAUGUGGGUUCCGAAUUAGAGCGUAAUGACAUGAAGAAGGCGUACCUCUUGGGCAAAGGCUGCAUAAACCGGAUUAUGAAUGAGGUGCCGUUUUUUAAUGUGAAAGAUGAACCGCGCCUGCAGAAGAUCAUACGGGAAAUGAUUGACGCUGGUGAAGUACCAGAAUAUAAAAUCUUUACCAAUGAACCAGCUCAGAAGAGACAGCGGCGCCACACCAAAUAUGCACGGGAAUCCAAGGAGGUAGAGAAGAUAAACGCCAAAAAGGAGCAGGAAAAUAAUUUGGAAAAGCAAAUUAUGGAACGGAACCAGGCCCGUGAGUCCAAUUUCAAUUCGCUUAUGGACAAGUUGAUGGAGAAAUACGGGGGUGAGGAUGAUACGGAUGUUUUCGAAAUCCGUCAAAAGAAAACUACUUCGAAGAAAAAGAUAUCGUCAAAAAAGAAGGAAACCGGCACACCGUCGAACGUGAAUGGUGUAAAAGCAGGAAAAGUACAGAAAAAGCGCAAAUGAAUAAAAACAGUCUAAUUAUUAUAUUAUUAUUUUGGCGUUAUUUAUGUAUGUAUGUAUAUGCGAUGAAAAAAUUUCAGUUUGCAGUAAGCAGUAACUAUUUUCCACUUGUUUUGUACUCUGAAAAUUUGAUAUUAAAUGUCUAGUUCAGCUAAGGCUUAUAAUUUAGAUACAUAUACUAUUGGUUUUAGUCUUGAUAUAAUAUGAAUUCGUUAUCUGGUUGAGUAUUUCUGAGCAUUUUAAUAAAAUGUAAAACUUCGGCUC